AUGUCUACGUUUGCAACCCGUCUAGGAUUGAGGUUUCCCCUUAUACAGGCACCCAUGGCCGGUAUUUCGAAUGUCGCAGUCGCAUCUGAAGUGGCUCGAGCUGGUGCACUCGGCUCUUUACCACUUUCAGCGAUUGAUUUGACCAAAAGUGUGGAACCGGUGUUUUCACAAAUCGAGGAAUUCCGCCAUCAUGCGCCCGCUGCACCUGUAAACUUGAAUUUUUUUUGCUUUGAUCCAGCGGAGCAGCAGCCUGUUUCUGAUGCUGCCAGAGAAAACUGGCGCCGCAUUUUUGCUGUCUACUCCACCGAAUCUCACGAUUGGACGGCGCGCGCAGUUGUAUCUUUCCGCGAGUUUGAGGAAAAAUGUCCGCAGGAGCUUAACCUGCUUGUGCGCCGAUUAGUGAGCGCGCGCGCACAAGUUGUGCUGUUCCACUUUGGAGCGCCAGCACCAUCUACAAUCGCCGCUCUUCAAGAGGGCGGGAUUAUGGUUUUGGCCACUGCUACGUCUGUGAAAGAAGCGCAAUAUUUGAUUGAUGCUGGCGUAGACGCACUCGUUUGUCAGGGCUUCGAAGCUGGAGGCCACAGAGGGAACUUUCUCGCUCUGGAUGCUGAGGAUGAAUGUCUCUCGACCCACGCCCUUUUUCUCCAAGUCGUUGCCCUUAAAAAAGGACUCCAAAAUGCGUCUGCGGAAAACAGCCAGUCGAAUAGCAGCGAAUUUGUUGCAGUAAACAAAAAACCUGCAAGGGACCCCUCUGACGUCUACGUGAUCCCUGCUGGCGGUAUUGUAGAUAGUGCCACUGCAACGUGGUACUUGGCCCAUGGUGCGGCGGCGGUGCAGAUGGGCACAGUGUUUCUACCUGUCGCUGAAACAAGCGCGCCUCCCUUUAUUGGUGACUGUAUUACAGAAAGGCGCGGCGUUCCUACAGUUAUGACAUGCAACGUUUCCGGCCGGUCCGCUAGAGCACUUGCGACUCCAUUCAUCAAGGACAUACAACGAGCGCGCGACGAGCACCCACAACCUUUCCCUCUGUUUGGCUAUGCCACGUCUGCAUACCGUAAACUAGCAGCAGGUCCCCCUGAGAAUGGCUUCUACUUGGCAGGACAAAACUACCAUUUGGUGGAGGUUGGGUUAGGUGCAAAAGAAAUUGUGGAGCGUAUAGGAAAGGCGCUCGCAUUUAGUACUGGCCAAUAA